GUCGUCUGAGAUCUUUGGACUGCCAAGGUAGGCUAAUACUAAUGACGAGCGACAGACUAUUGUGCAGGUUGUUUGGUAGGCUGGCAAGGUGGAGGCCAAAACACUCACGAAAUCAAAGGUUCUUCGGGUAUCAUUACCAGACCAGCAUGGGUGGGGAUAGCGUAGAAAAGAAAAAGAGGGGUGGUUUGACACAGCAGUACCUAAGUACAUUGCCUAUCAUUUCCCUUUUCACCUUCCAUUCUCAUACCAGUGGUGAAGUGUCCUUCAAGGUAUACAACUCAAGACUGGAGUUCCUGUAUAACAACAAGGAAAAACGUAGACUAUGAUACGUCGCAACGGACCUCACAUAGGUCAUGUGCCCACAGUUCCAUACAAACUCCACAGCGUGAUACUCGGGUGUACAAAGGCUUGAGAUAAAUAUAUAUAUCAUUACAGUACACACCUCGAGCACGCUAUCAUAUUUUUUUUCCAUUUUUAUUUUUAACACAUCCGUGGACAUACGCGCGCUCCGAAACCAGGAAAUUUCGGUGCUUUUUUUGUUUUUGCUUCUUAAUGUACCAAACGACCGCUUAUUCCCGGAGCCCUUACUCGUACCGACAUGACAAUACCUUGUAGGAUGGUGUUGGAAACAUCCAUCACGAGACUGCCACACCCGAACCAUAUCCCAAAUUUCGAAAUAAUGGAAUGGAAUGGUUAUUAUAUUCUGGGCAUAAGCACACGGUGAGAUGUUUUCGGGGGGAAAGUUUAAAAAAAGGAUAGAUGUGCUCUGCUUGGCCAGCAAAAUAAUCCCUCGUCCUACUAUCUUGUUCCUGCAUGGAGAAAAAUGCCUCCCUGGUAUGAUGUACAGUACUCGUAUCAUGAUAAUAUGAUGCCGGAAACGGAUGACGAAUAUGGAGAUACAUAGUCUAUUCUGCUCUCUACCGUAGGAUUCCAAUCACAUCAUUAACAAAAGUGAGUACCUGGCUCGGUUUCGGUUUCGGUUCGGUUCAUUUGAGCCAGGCUUUCCCAUUCCCAUUUCCAUUCCCAUUCCAAUCCCCCCGGCGAAUAUUGGAAUACUCGAGUAUUAUACCGGUAGAUAGGUAGGUGGGUCUCGACAUGCCAUCCGUAGCACCGCCGGGUACGGUUGCGGCUAUUUAUGGUCGUGGGGGAUGAUGAGGGAGUGGGCCUUUGAGGGGUUUUUGUUAUUCUCGAUGCUCGUUGAUUCAGGCUGAGACUAUGUGGGGUGGGAUGAGGUGGGAUGGGAUGUGAUGUGAAGGCUACUGUAGAAAAGAAACUGGCUGAGGGUUUUUUUAUGAUAAAGCCUUCUUCUAGAACUUACGGGCUGUGUGCCGGUGUUGAGGAGGGAGGGGAGGGGAGGGAGUGGCCUAAGGUCCCGUUCUUGCUCUCCCCGCAAUGCUUUGGGGGAUGAGGUGCAAGCUGUGGGUACGAGUAUGAUAUGAUACCAGUACUUUGACUUGCCGGAGCGGACCUGCAUAUUUUCUUUUCCCCAAUACCGGUACAGUCCCGGCCGCAAAGUUCCCGCGAAUGGAAAGUUCCCGCGAAUGGAAAGGUACCAUGACAUGGUGUUGGUGGGUACGGAAGUACUGGUACAUUGAGUCGCCAAAUAUUUGCUGUCCAAAUUAAGCGGCGCACCAGAUUUCCCCAUCAACUUGAGGUAUGAUAGUAGUAGCAGAAAAAUUUGCUUGUAUGAUAUUUAUGGUAGACCUCCAGAGACUUCAAAUAGGGAUGUUAUUGUUAAUAUCAUACAAAAUUCAGACCUCGCGUACAUGGCAAUAUUUCGUGCUGAUAUCAUACUUUGGUUGCCGCCAAGACACCUCCACGGUAGCCUUCCAUCUGCGGGAACUUUGCGAACGAGGCUGUACUGGCGAGUUGAGUGUAGCGGGUGGGUUCCGGGUAUCUUCUGCUCUAUAGAAGCUUUGGGGGUUUGCGUGACGAUGCGUUAUUCAUGUUAUAUACCGGCAGUCGUCUUUGCAUAGCGUUGGUCAAUCGAAGAGCGAGUUCAGAUAGCUGAAAAGUGCUAUUCACAAAUAAGCCUCAAUCGCAGAAUUCAAGUAGUAUUCUCCCACCUUUUUUUUCUCUCGUCGAAGCCUUCAAGGCUCUCUUUCCCCUAGUUUCAUCAGGGGGAUCCGUUUCCCGGGCUGUCCUUUCUUUUUUUUUUUUUUGCAAAACACAACUCUCUAGAUAUCCGAGUGACUGAGCAUGAAUAGCAUUUCCAAGACAAUAUCCAUGGCGCUUUUGGUCAUAAGCGUGAACAUGGUGGAGCUGUUGUGAUACAUACGACUAGCCCCCCCCUGUUGCCCCUUUGGCUUCAAUCAGAGCCCUACCUAACACAUUAGGGCUCAAAAAACAUUGCAUGGGGUAAACACACCUGCCCCAAAGCUCUUUUUGAGCAUUUCUACCCGAGACUUGGUGCGCCACCCGUCAGCCGAGGGGAAUGACCACCGGGGACGCUUGAAAGGCGCGAAAUCUCGAUGAUCAGAAAGCCAUCUGUUUGCUCUUCUUUUGAUACAUAACUGUUUCCCGAAACCUACACUCACCAACAGUCGAUCGUUCGGGUGGGGGGGACUGCAUGGGGGGAGGACGAAGGAGAUAAUUUUUUUUUCUUUUUCGGCUAGGUUAAUCACAAUAGCUAGGUGACGAGACGAUACUGGUAAAUCGGCCGCAAAGGUUUACUUUGACGAUCAGAGACGACACGAGCGGGUUUUUGAGCGCCGAAGACACCUGCUUAACCCUACAGGUCUCGGGGAGUGAGGGGGAAGAUGUCAAUUAUUACUGUGCCAUCGGGUGCCGCUGGUUUCGAGCUACCAAGUCCAUCCGCGUAUCCCCAUCAGCAGGACAUUCAUACCUACCUUAGCGCGCAGAUUCUCUCCCGACGUAACGAAUACCUUCGGCAAAAGAAGAUAAGGAUAAAGGUAGCAAGUUGGAAUGUUGCUGCGUGUGAUGGAGCCGAAAGGGAUCUGGAAGAGUGGUUUCUUGAUCAUCGGAAAGAUUUCGAAUCCGAAGGGGAUGGCGAUGGCAAUGGGGUCGGGAUCUAUGUCUUGGCGUUGCAGGAAGUUGUCGACGUCACAGUUUCAGAGAAUUUUAUGAAGUAUAUGGAUCCUAGGAUUUCUCUGAAAUGGGAAGCUCAUGCUCAGGUAUGCUAUUUUGAUUGUGUGUGUGCUAUGGGAAUUUGUCUCGCAGUUGAUGGCGAAGUAACAGUGUGUAUUUUUUUAUUUUUAUUCUUAUUUUUUAGGCUGCGCUACCAGCUGGCUAUAUCUGCAGAGCUUCGAAACAGCUCAUUGGCUUGUUACUUAUGGUCUUCGUAUCGCCAGACCUAUCCCCCCUUGUCACUUCGGUCUCGGCAGCUGUAGUAGGGACCGGAGUGGGCGUUCGAGCUACAGGAUUCAUGGGUAACAAGGGGGGUGUAGGAGUUAGGCUAGUUAUCGGCGAAACAUUAAGGUUGGUGCUUGUGGACUGCCAUCUCGCAGCCUUUACGGACAAUACGGAGCGGAGAAACUGGGACGCGGGGGAGAUAUCGGAACGAAUGAGCUUCGAUCCGGUUGAGCAUAGUUUUGUUGGCUUUGAUAAGGGAGAGGGGGGGGAUCCGGGCAACGACAGUGGAAAUACCGUUGAAGGCAUUGGUGAUGCUGAUAUCCUGUUAUGGUGUGGGGAUCUCAACUAUCGUAUUGAACUCCAGAACGAGGAUAUAAGGAGUUUGUUGUCCUCCUAUAUGCCCAAGGACCUCCCACCGACACACGCGGAUGGCCCAUCUACAUCUGCGUCUCCUAUGGACCAAGUCCCGAGGGAAUUUGAGGAGCCACCGCUGCCACCCCCACCGAGCGAGAUCCACCCAGAAGCGGUGCCGACCCUGGAAGGGACAAUCGGCAGCUUGCUAAGCCAUGAUCAGCUCUACAAACAACAGAAGGAGGCUAAGGCUUUUGUAGGUUUCCGCGAGGGGAAAAUCAAAUUUCUCCCCAGCUACAAGUAUGACAUUGGCACUGUAGGGAGAUGGGAUUCUAGUGUGAAAGCCCGAGCUCCAAGCUGGUGCGAUAGAAUACUCUGGAAAGUUAAAGGCGCGGAAGCUCAGGAGGCUAGGAGAGGGCGAGCAAGAUCGAGGGGAAUGAGUAUAUUAAAAGACGAGGUUCUCUUCGAAACAGAAGAUUCGGACGAAGAGGAUAUUGUGGUAUCAAGGGCUGAUAGUGUGGUACCACAUGUCUCCUCGGUUCCGGAGGCUAAAGCACCAACUUCUGUUUUCAGGUUCCCUUCUGGAGAAAUUGGCCUGCGACAGUUAUAUUAUACUUCAUGCCAAAAUGUCACGUCAUCAGAUCACAAGCCUGUCGUUUCGAUGUUCGAGAUAUGGUUUCCAUCAGUAGUGCCGGAAAUGAAAGCUAAAGUUCACGCGGAGGUUACAAGAGAAGUCGAUAAGAUGGAAAACGAAAGGAGGCCUGUCGUGACUAUUGUGGUUGACCAAGUUGAUGGUGAGGAAUAUGAGGAGGGGGUUGUCGGCUUUGGAGAGGUCCGAUACAAUCAGAUCAAGAGACGGAGUGUGACACUAGCAAACACUGGAACUGCAGGGGCGAAGAUUAAGUUCGUGGGGAGACCGUCCCCCGACGGAGAAGAGGGCAAGGAGGUGAUUGCAAAAGGGUGGUUGAAUGUCCAGUUUUAUGGAGGGGAGGCUGAGAUCAAAGGCGAGGGAGGGAUGGAGUUGCAGCCCGGGGAGGUAUGCAAUGUUGUGCUCACCGUGUCCGUCCAUAAGCCCGAGCACGUAAGAUCGUUAAAUGAGGGAAAGGAAACGAUCGCGGAUGUCCUUGUGCUCAGGAUCGUGGAAGGGAGAGACGUAUUUGUACCUAUCGAGGGAGAAUGGUUACAGAGUGGCUUCGGGAGGGGAUUAAAGGAACUUGUUAGGAUCCCCGAGGGAGCUGGCGGGAUCAGAGGGUGGAAGGAAGAGAAUGUAGGGGAUAAAAGAGAGGUCUUAUAUUCGGCGCCAAGGGAGCUCUAUAAGAUGACGGAAUAUCUGCUCAAGCAUCUGAGAGAGAUAGUAAAGGAGGAGGGGAGAUGGAGCUCUGAGCCUGGCUGGCCCUUCCUCGACGGUACCUGGGCGGUCGGUGGGGGAAAGAGGGAGAACCUCGCUGUUGGUGUUUGGGAAUGCGUGGAUAAGGAUCUGGAGCUUGACGACGACGCAACACUCACUUUCUCAUUCGGUGAAGAUGACGAGAAACCCCUCGAGGUAAUGGAAGUUGUGGAGGCUGUGGCUGGAGUGUUGCUUCAGUGGCUCCGAAACCUCAGGGAAGGUGUUGUUCCCCAGGAUAUAUGGCCUGACGUAUACAAAGCUGGCGCGGACAAAAAGCUGGCGGAACAGGUGUGAAUAGAAAUGAGACACCUCUGAGAUGUGAUGUGCUUUACACUUACGCAUGUGUUUGAUUAUAGGUUCUGGAUAAAUUGUUCACAUCACUCUCACCGGUCCAUGCAAAUGUGUUUGUAUACCUCACAGGCUUCAUAAUGGAAAUCAUUUCUCUCUUAUCAUCGCCCCUACCUUCUCAGUCACCACCAAAGGACACGGAUGGUAUCACAAGCCCUCUAUCACCGAUCAAAGGCGUACUACCCUUUGGAAGAUUGAGGGCUGCGAGAGGCGCGAUUGUCAAGCAUACAACACUCGAAGUAUUUGCUGAAGCGAUCAUUCAGAAGAAGGGGGGAAACAAAACGGCCGAGGAUAGACGGAAGGCCGUGGCUUUCCUAGAGGUUUUCGUUUCGGAUAUCUGAAAAACGGUGAAAUACAUGUUAUCCAAUUCGUUUUUUUGUACAAUACCUAUUAAUGCACGUGUUGCCUA